GGAAGAUGAAGCUGGUGAAGUUGCUGCUGCAGAACGACAGCAUUAGAGCGCUGGCGCUGAAGUUUUACGAGCCGGACUGCUUGGAAGACGAAUUGCUGCAAUGUGCAGAGACGAUUACUCUCGCACUAUACAAAGACAAAGAACAGUCUUCUUCUCGCGGGACUUUCAGAUACAAUUUGUUUUCUACAAACUUAGCAAAGGCAAAAAAGGAAACGCCCCUAGAAUGUCUGCCACCAACAUCUCCUGCCUUGCUUCAGCACUGUAAACGAGUGUACUAUCAAAUCCAGGUGUGGCUUCAGCAUAGAUUAGAUCCCUGCUUGUGGGGAUGGACAAGACAGGGUAAUAUUCUCAUUCCGAUCAUGUCUGAAGCAGAUCCCGCACCAAAAGAACUGUUACAAAAGGUUUCCUGUGGAUGCCAAGGGCCCUGCAAAUCGAAGCGAUGUAACUGCCGAAAAGCCGGUCUAAAGUGCAACCCUGCUUGCAAAGUAUGCCGAGGAAAAUCGUGCAACAACUCAAAGAGAUGGACUGCUACAGAACCCGAUAAUGAGGACUUAACAGAAGAUGAUGAGACCUCAUCAAGCAGCCACGAUGCAACGACCGAUGACGAGGAAAUUAACGAAGGACUUUAAUGACUUUGACCUUCAA